CUAGCAGGGAACGGGUGCACAGGAGAGCCGGGCCGGAGCUGCUACGGGAGGAACAGGGAAACUACGGACAAGUCGGCAUUUUGGAGCUAAUUGACUCCUAAAAUUCUCUUCAGGAGCUGACAAUUAGUUGGCAGAGGAAAUUCACCAAAAGAAAAAACCAUGAGGAAAGCAUGGAAUUUUGAAUAAUCACUUUAGGAACACAGAUCACCACUGACAUGUGGCCUAACAUAUCCAUCAGCCUCCAAGUGUUGAACCUUCUGGCACUGUACUAGGCUGCCAGUCAGAUUACAUUCCCACUACAGAUCAGAAAUUGGUGGCCAGGACUGCACUGGUGCUAUGCUCUGCUAUCUACAGUAAAAGGUUUCAGUUACAGAGCACUUUCUAGCUGUACUGCAUUCAGAGCCUUCAACUGGCAUACAUUUAAUCACCAUAGUUCAACGAACAUCCAAGAGGAGGCCAUUUUGUAUGUCACUCGGUGGCAGGUUGCUGUCUCCCCUGCAGUCUGGCUUGGCGAAUUUUAAGAUGGAUGAAGCCAUAGAACUUUCUAAUGAUGGAAACUCCCUGAUAAAAGCGGUCUAUCAAAGUCGGCUGCGCCUGACCAGGCUCUUGUUGGAAGGUGGCGCCUACAUCAACGAGAGUAAUGAUCGUGGGGAAACCCCUUUAAUGAUAGCUUGUAAGACCAAGCAUGUCGACCAGCAGAGCGUUAGCAAAGUCAAAAUGGUCAAGUAUCUGUUGGAAAAUAAUGCUGAUCCUAACAUACAAGACAAAACUGGAAAAACAGCCUUGAUGCAUGCUUGCUUAGAAAAGGCAGGCCCUGAAAUAGUCUCUUUGCUGAUAAAAAGUGGUGCCGACUUGAGUCUGCAAGACCACUCUAGUUACUCAGCCCUAGUUUACGCUAUUAAUUCUGAGGACAGAGAUACCUUGAAGGUCCUCCUCAAUGCUUGCAAGGCAAAAGGAAAAGAAGUCAUCAUAAUCACAACAGCUAAGUCUCCCUCGGGGAGGCACACGACUAAGCAGUACUUGAAUAUGCCCCCUGGUGAUAUGGAGGGAUUUCAUUCUCCAACCUCCUGUACUACCCCUUCAGAAAUAGAGAUUAAAACCGCUUCUUCCUCCCGCUCAAACUCCUCUGAAAUGGAUAAAGGGCUUUUUGGCUUUAAAGACCUAGAUCUUUCAGGUAGCAGUGACGAUGCUUCAGAACCAGGUUCCCCUACUAGAAGACCUGCUGCAGUUCAUGGUGGGCCUAAGCUGGGCCAAGCGCAACACCUGCAUUUAGAUCCUUGGUUAAAAAGCUCUCCUUCACUCUUGCACCAGAGUAAAGUGGCUUCUUUACAAGAAGAACUUCAGGAUAUUACACCGGAGGAAGAAUUCUCUCUGAAAAUAAACGGGCUAGCCUUAUCUAAGCGGUUUAUCACCCGACACCAAAGUAUUGAUGUGAAGGACGCCGCACAUUUGUUAAAGGCCUUUGAACAGGCUGGUUCUAGGAAGCUGUCUUAUGAUGAGAUAUCGCAGCCCCUCUUUUCGGAAGGAAGCAAUCCCUGCAGUGACAUCCUUGGGGAUCAGGACUCCGAGUCAGCAGCCCAGGCGAUGUUUGUUUCUACCCUGAGAAGUAUCGUCCAAAAGAGAAGCUCGGGGGCAAAUCACUAUAGUUCGGAUUCUCAGCUCACUACUGGUCUCACUCUGCCAACUUCAGAAGAUGGAAAAACAUUUGUAGGAAAGAAAAAAAUCCUCUCCCCAUCUCCACCGCUGCUUGCGGGGUCCAAAGAAUUGCCAGAAAAUGUGCCUCCCGGCCCUCUGAGCAGGAGAAAUCACCCGAUGCUGGAAAGACGAGGUUCGGGGGCGUUCCCACUGGAUCACACUGCACAAACCCGUCCAGGGUUUCUUCCCCCCUUAAAUGUGAAUUCUCAUCCUCCUAUCCCGGAUAUCGGUGUUAGCAACAAGAUUUCCAGUCUCUUUUCUUGUGGACAAAAGAUACUCAUGCCAACAGUCCCUACCUUUCCCAAAGAGUUCAAAAGCAAGAAAAUGUUGUUAAGGAGACAAUCGUUACAAACGGAACAAAUUAAGCAAUUGGUAAAUUUUUAAAGGAUAAUCAAUAAACAUUACAUAAUGUGUCUGUGUCUGAAAGACAGAAGGAGGCUUGAACGGUUAUCUAAUCCAUCCUUCCUUCCUCCACGGAAGCAGUCUGUAACUCAAUGGGUAUCCAUUAGGAGUUGAGCAUUAUUUUAGGCACUGUGGUAAUAGAUCUUUAGAUAAAAGAGAUAGUCACUGCCUUUGGGCAGUUGAAAACACCUAAAUUCUCGUGUGUGUGUGUGUGUGUGUGUGUGUGUGUGUGUGUGUACACACACCCUGACGAGGAAACUUUCCACCAAUACAGAUGUACAACUUACCUGUAACUUGCUUAGCAUAGUGUGCCUGGCACAUAGUAGGCGCUAAAUAAAUGCUUGUUGAGUGACUGACUUUAUAGAGUUAGUUGCCUUGAACACUAAGAAAUGAAGUGAUUUUCCCAGGGUCACACAGCCAGACUGUUUCAGAAGUAGGAUUUAAACCCACCUUUUCCUGACUCUAGAGUGCAGAGCUGAAGGUCCUAUUUCUAAUAGAGCCUUUCACCUUCCCUAUAAUAACACAUAAUAACCAUAUUUAAUAACCUUUAUGUGGUCCAAAUUUUUCAUUUAAAUAAAAAUGAAUAAAGAAAAAAGAUUACAUGGUUUUGUUGCAGUUCUGUGGGCUUUUCAUAUUUACCCAAAUAGUUUAUAAAGUAGUUCCAUUCAAGUCAAUGAAUAUUAAAUAUAUAAAAGUAAAACACUUAUGACCGUUAUAAAAUUUUCUGGCUACCCUCCCCCAAAAGAAUAAAAUAAAUCAUCUUAUGGGUAAGUAUGAAUUUAAUUAAAAUAGAAAAUAAAACACAUAGCAGUGAUACUAAUAAAUUUAUUUUAGGAAAUACCAUUCACAUAAUCAGCUGCUGCAUCACCAUGAGAACACUGACCAAUGUGGCAAAGUGCUGAUAAAAAAAAAUUAUAGGCUAUUUCACUGCAUACCUCUGUGUGUAUGUGAUUAUCCUCUGAGUUGCUUUCUUCUCCACACUUAUUAACUACUAUGACCAUCAAUGGAAAUUACCUAUCAAUUGCCAAUAGUAAGCUAUACAUAUAGUUAUAGGUCAAAAAUAAACACUCAUUUUAAAUUAUAUAAAAUAACUUAAGGGGUUAUUUCUGAAGAAGCAUCCAUUUAAUUGAGAACAAAUUAUCUUUAGUUUCUGGUAAGCACUGACUAAAUAAAUGUUCAUUCAGUUUAAAUAUCAAAUAUAAGGAUACAUUUAAUUAAGAAAUCCAAUAGAAACUUAACAAAAGUUAAGUGCUAACUGGUUAGAGAUUUAAUUCUAAAUAUUUUAUUUCUGAUUUGCAUUGAAGAUAGGCAUAUUUGUGUAGACUUGUAUCUGUAUAUCCCCAAAUGUUAUUCAAGCAUAGUACUUCCAUUCAUCUAGUUUUUUAGGACCUAGCAAUGAUUUCCAAACAAUAUAAAAUGAAAACCAUUGUCUUCUUAUGAUUUGGAAAUGUGUUAUAAAACACAAUUCCUUAUCUUGGAUGUAGUAGUUACAUACAAACUAUGAACAAAAUUACAUAGCACCUGAAAAUAGGAAUUUAAUAUUUGUGGUUCACAGUUUUAGAUAUUCUUCCACAUCACUCUAGCAUUGACCUAAUAAAUGUGUAGGAAAACAAUUCUGCAUUUCCUAAUUUCCAGUUUAUCCUGCUUUUCUUGGUAAUUUGACAGAAGCAAGUUGCACUGUACAUGGUAGUGGUUUAGUUGCGUGUAGGUGAACAUUUUAAAGAAAAUAAGACUUUAAUUGCAGGGUUUUGUUACUUGAUGUUUCUGUGGAUGAAUCAUAUGAUUCAAAGAAAUCCUUUUUGAUCCAGGCCAUCGUUCUAAGGAAAUAUACCUGGUGUUUCUAGAUGUUGUUGCUGUUCAUUCAUUUCAGGUGUGUUCAACUCUCCAUAGGCCCAUUUUGGGGUUUUCUUUGCAAAGAUCCUGGAGUGGUUUGCCAUUUCCUUCUCCAGGUGUUUACAGAUAGCUAAGCCCAUUGUUACACUUUUUAAUACUUACAGAAUUGUUUGCUUUUUAGUUUUAAAGAUGUAUAUUGGAAAGAACAUGCAUAUGGUUCUAUUCCUAAACCAGUAUAUCCUAUAAAUAAAGACUUUAAAAUGUA